UAUAACCAGUGCGCGUGUACUAAACAUCGACAUAACUUCUGUCACUUCACAACUGCUUCAUAUGCGUCUAUGGAUAAAAACGUGCACCAUCGGGACUUCUACAGAAGACAUUAAAAUAUGCAAUGGCAUUUUUAUAAGACACGUGUAGACAUAUAUUUUUCUUUACUCAGAUUCGGGUUUUGAUGCCAUGUCACAGAGAUAACGCUUUCAGGUCUGAUUGAACUGUGCGUAAAACCUCAUUUUUUUGGAGACUUCGUUGGACUGAAUUAAUAAAGGAGAACUUGAGGAAAUGUCGAAACCUAUGGAUCAUGUCAAACGUCCUAUGAACGCUUUUAUGGUGUGGUCGAGAGCUCAGAGACGAAAGAUGGCACUGGAUAACCCGAAGAUGCACAACUCUGAGAUCAGCAAGCGCCUCGGAGGAGAGUGGAAACUUCUGUCGGACUCUGAAAAGCGACCUUUUAUAGACGAGGCCAAGCGCCUCCGAGCCGUCCACAUGAAAGAACACCCGGAUUACAAAUACAGACCCCGGCGAAAGCCCAAAAACUUGAUCAAAAAAGACCGGUAUCACUUUAACGUGGCCUACAAUCUGGGUGACAGCGACACGUUGAAAAGUGCGCGGUUGCCCGGCGACGCGCUCACGGACUCCAUGAUGGGCAGCGCGGAGAAAAGUGCUGUUUCUGCAGCUACUCGGGUGUUUUUCGGACACCACCUGCCCGCCAACCCCUAUCCGUAUAUCGACCUGGCGUCUAAAAUGUCGGAAUUACCACCUGCGCCGUUUCCACAUUAUUCAGUGCUCGGGUAUCCCGCCGGGUUCUCCGCGUUUCCCGGGAUGGGGAUUUUGGCCGGCGCGCCGCACGCUCACCCGGGUAACCAGGGCCACAUGAUGCCCUACAACUCCACGGGCUGGCCGGGUUCUGGACCUGGUGUUCCUUCGACUUACGUACUUUUACCAGGAAUGACCAAAGCCCAGCAUGAACCUUACCUGGCGUACGCUGCGGCCAUAUGAGUCCCAUGAAUCUACAGGACUAAACUGAUAUUGUGGGCUGAGGUCACGUGCACUUGUUUAGAAGCUUUGCAUUUGUAAAAAAUAAAUAAAAUGUCAACUAUUACUUGUUUAAAGGAAAAUGAUUUUCAUCUUUAUAAGUGGAACCCUGAGUCUUUAUUGCAUGCA